GCCAUGCCUGCGCGUCCCCGCGCGUAAAUAUACUCAACUGGCCAGAUGUGCCAGUCAACUUCAACCCCAAGCUAAACUGAACCGAAUUUAACCAAAGCCACAGGAGACAGUUACUUUAAUAGGACAGAGAAUUAAGUGACUGCCGAGAUUGUCCCUUGCGCAAUAUAUGGAAUGGAUUGCUCGAUGGACGAGUAUUACCACACCGGUCAAUGCCACAAAUGCCCACAAUGUCCACCUGGCCAAGAGCUCAAAGAGGACUGUGGUUAUGGUGCAGGCGUGUCAGCUGUGUGUGGCGUAUGUGACGUUCGGUGGUUAAAGGAAGACUGGGGCUCUCACCCUUGUGCACUGUGCCAGAACUGCCGGAGACUCAAUAGACACCAAAUCAAGCGCUGCACACACACAGACAACACAGUGUGUGGAAACUGCCUCCCUGGUUUCUACACCAAAAUGCGACUGGAUGGACUAGAAGAUUUAGAAUGCCUUCCAUGUGGCCCAGUCCCCUUCAGAAACAUACAGUGUAACCGAGGAGAAGUGACUGGUGCGACAAAAGUCCAGACCUCAGCACCUCCCAUCCAAAAUGUAUCUUCCAAAGUUACCGCUUGUGCCGCAACAGCUGUAUUAACAACCGUCCUAUUUGCUAUUGUGUGUAUCACCUACCAGACACCUUCACUCAGGAAGACAUGCAAAUGUUGUUUAUCACCUGUCAGUAACAGUCACCAAGACAGUGACACAGCUUUGGUUCCCUUAAUAACCUUACACACAGUGAUGCAGAAUGCAGAAGUGGACACAUCAAAUCCUUGCCUGCUAUUGAAGGAUCCCUGCACUCUUGAUGACAUCACCACCACCACGACGUCUGAUCUUGGCCUGAAUGGGUGUGAGGUUCUUCCUCUGGUGCGAAGCUUGGCCUGCACUGAUCCUGCAACAGGAGUCAUCAUGCAGGCAACAGAAACACCUGAAGGUUCUUCUUCAGACUCUGCCCUUUCCAGACAGCAUGUCAUUCUCACUCUUGUAGGAGGACAGUAUACAGUGAGGCCCUGCUGUGCCGUAGAGCAGCGGACAGCCUGGGGGCUUCAUGCUCCGGAAAAGUGCACUGAACUGGACCUUCAGCAUCUCUCCAAUGCCCCAGAGCUCCAGACAUUAGGACCUUCAUAGCCAGAAAUAUCCCAUAGUGCCCCCAGGCCUGAUGCUGCAGGACCUGGAGAGUAGAACGCAAGAGGGGAAUGUGGAAAAGGAGAUUGUUAACGUGAAGAGAGAUCACAGAAGCAAACGUAUGAUCAUGGUAAUGAGUUACUUAAGGACACAACAUACACACUCAGUACAAACUAUUAAGUGAAGCAAGUGUGUUACUGCUGUUUGGCAUUUCUGCAAUGUGAGAAACAGGUUUUUAUGAGCACAAAAGGGCAUUAACAGGACAGAGGCAGAGAGUUUCCAUUUUUUCAGUUAUGACACUUCACACAUUUGGUAGAGUACAUGAUUCAUUGACCUGCUGCUGCUACUCCACUUUGGAAAUACAAGUCGACUAAUCAAAAUGUAGUCAUUUUAAUGUUACGGUUUAAAAUCAAUACAUUAUUUUGAAAAGUGGGUAACUGGAAUGGAAAACAAAUUCAUUUAAUUUCACCUCAAACCUUACAAGUGCUGCUUUUAAAAUCAUAAAAAUAAUUUAUUCAGUGAAAGUAUAACAGCUGGAAAGACAUGAGGGUGAAUAAAUGGUGUGAAAUUAUUUUCUGGGAACCGCACAGUAAAUGUAGUUCCAGGAAGUGCUUGACCACAUUACAUGUCCAUAUCACUUCCUCAAAUGAUUUCAAUUAUUCCAAAAGUCCUGACUUACAACAGCAAGAAUGAUAACACACCAAAUUAUUUAGUUUUAUUAUAUAAAACCCCCAAAUUAUUUCCACAUUUUUGUCAAAUUGGGCACGACAUGGGGACUGAUUCUGGCAAUGUUAAGUCCACAUCCCGGGUUCAUUCCUGGGAUCAAUCCUGGGACGCGUUUGUGUUCAAACAGAAGGCACAUUGGCAAUUUUCCAAAAUUAGCAUACUGUGUGAAUGGGGCUUCAGUUCAGAUUUCCCACUUUAUCUUUUUAUUUUACAGCAGUGCAACAGUUGAGCUAAACUAUUUCGGCAAUGUGAUAAAGGACCUGUGCUCCUGUUUAAUUUUAUACACACACAGAAUAUUCCAAGAUUCAGUAUUUUGGCAGAAUAUUACAGUAUUUAUCCAAUAACUCGGUUACACAAAUUCAAGUAGGCUACAUAACCUUUUACGUAUACAGUAAAUUAACUGCACAGAGGACAUGAUGUUUUCAAUAUUCCUAAAAACAUAAUUUAACCUUAUUACAACCAGCGUGUGUAAACCUGUCUUAAAACACACGUAUUACAGUUCUUUGAAGAAGACUGCAGUUAGUUGCCUGAGGAGCGAGCACUAUUGUCAAUAAAAGUGUUAUUUGUGUGCGCUGGCGCCAGCACUUUAGUCAGCAGGUGUGUCAGUGAAUACACAAAGAUGUUUUUGAGGUGGUUUGGUGGACAGAUGCAGGUGGGAUGACACAAAAACUGUACAGUUAUACAAUAUUGCAUAGGAUAU